UAAUAAUGGGCCCGGAGAGGACAUUUCUCCAUGCUGACCCUCAUCUUCCUUUCCUUUCCUUUAUAAGUACCCAGCUGAGCAACAAAAGAGUAGUCACCACAGAUACUGUUACCAGUAUUGCUACUACUACUAUUGUGGCAACCAUGACAUUCACCAACUUCCUCAAGUUCUCCUCCUUCACUCUCCUUUCCCUAACUCUCCUCCACCGCUUCCUCCCAUCCCUCCCCCUCCUCUCCUCGCUUUCCCACCGCCACCACCUCCUGCUCCUCCUCUCCUUCCUCUCCUGCACCCUUCUCUACCUCUACCUCUACGCCCGCCGCCGCCCCCUCCCCGUCUUUCUCUUCGACUACUCGUGCUACCUCCCCGAACCUGAACGCCGCAGCAGCCUGGAGGUCUGCGAGUACUAUGGCUUCCGUUGCCCCCGCCUCUCCCACUCCACCGCCGACUUCAUGCGCGCCAUCUUCCUCAAAUCCGGACUCGGCGACGAGACCUACGCUCCCCCCUAUAUCUUCCAAGAGGACUACGACGCCAAGUUCCGCUACGCUGUACAAGAGGCCGAAGAGGGCAUGUUCGAUGCCGUCUCCUCCCUCCUCUCCAAGACCAGCAUCCCCACCUCCGCCAUCUCCGUUCUCAUCGUCGCCUGCAGCAUGUUCAGCCCCGUCCCCUCCCUCUCUUCCUUCAUCGUAAACCACUUCAACUUUGACCCUUCCAUCAAGACCUACAACUUAUCUGGUAUGGGGUGCAGCGGCGGCACCAUGUGCUGCGACCUUGCCGCAAAGAUCCUAUGCAGCAAGCCCGGGUACGCUCUCAUCGUCGUCACCGAGAACAUGAGCUUGAACUGGUACUUCGGCGAGAACCGCCAGAUGCUCGUCACCAACUGCAUCUUCCGCGUCGGCACCGCGGCCAUGCUCCUGACCAGCGACCCAACCCGGCGCUGCUCCGCGAAGAUGGAGCUCGUGCGCGCGCUGCGGACGCACCACGGUGCGGAGGACGCGGCCUACAACGCGGCGGUGCAGAUGGAGGACGAGGACGGCAGCGUCGGCAUGUCGCUCAGCAAGGAUCUCGUCCGCGUGGCUGGGGCCGAGCUGCGCCGCCACAUCUCCACCCUGGCGCCGCACGUGCUCCCUGCGUCGGAGCUCCUGCGGUAUGCGUGGAACGUUGUGAGGUCGUAUGCCGCAGGGGAUCAUAAGACGGUCCACGUGCCGGACUUCACGAAGGCGUUCGAGCACAUAUGCAUACACACUGGGGGGAAGGCGGUGAUCAACGCGGUGGGGAAGCUGAUGAAGUUUUCCGCGGAGGUGACGGAGCCAGCGAGGAUGUGCCUGCACCGCUUCGGGAACACGUCGAGUAGCUUGGUGUUCUACGAGCUCGCCUACUUUGAAGCUAAGGGGAGGAUAAAGAAGGGGGAUAGGGUGUGGAUGUUGGCGUUCGGAACGGGGUUUAAGGCGUGUAGUUUGGUGUGGAAGGCUCUUCGGGACUCCGGGAUGGACUCGGAUAACCCGUGGCAAGAGUGCAUCCAUAGAUACCCCGUUAAGUAAAAAUAAAAGAAAAAGUUAUCGCCUGCACCCGGUCCACCCUAUAUUAUAUCGUGCAUGCGUACCAUGCAUUCGUCAACUCUCAAAUCUUCUUAGGCCUAAGUUUGAAAACAUGGUGAAAAACAAAACUUGGAGAAUACUUCAUAACUUUUACCAUUCCAUACUAUAAAAUUGCGAUAUAAACUAUCUAGUGAUCUUUGCUACCAAAUUAUUGUGUCGUAAAAAAAGAAAAAAAAGAUCCAAAUUAUUCCUAUCCUCUAAAUUGUCAAAACACCUGUGUUUAUCUACCACAUUGUAAACCAGGCUUCAGUCUUAUUCUGAAUUCCUAUCGUCCGUUGUCUUACGUUAUAUUUUUUGGUAAAAAUUAGAUUACAUGGUUCGGGUGCAGUGCACAGAUGUAGACGGGGAGAGACAUGGGAAUGAAUGGUUGAAUUUGAAUUA